AUGUUUAGCAAAACUGACACGCUGAGCAAGCUCCCCGUGGUGAGCCAGGCAGAGGUGGAUAGGUUGGUCAACGCGUGGACUCUGUAUCCGGCACCACAAGAGCCCCAUGAGCUGCCGGACUGGGCCGUGGAGGCCGGUCUGACGCUUCUUGGUCUAGUUGUGAAGCGGCUGUGGGAGGGGUUCCCACCCGGGACCACCCUGGAAGACCUGAAUUGGGGAGGCUUGGGAGGACGACUGCACGCGAUGUGUGGCCGCACCGCGCGCCCCGCAUUGGACAUCUGCCUGGCCAGGGGCUCGCUCAGGAUGGUGAUCAGCGAGGCCCUGCCUUCCUUCAGGCACUGGAUCGCGCUGGGUGACGUGGCGCCUGCCAACCCGAGGCAUGGCGCGGAGAGCGAGGUCGAGCAGCCGCCGGCCCACCGAGGUGAGCAGGCCGCCGUCUGCGCGGCGCAGGGCACCCCUGCUCCAGCAGCCGUCGCCGAGCCGACCGAGCCGCGUGCGGGGCCGCCCGCGGCGAAACGUCCGCGCGCAGACAAGGCCGUGCGUCGCGGGGUUCCCCAUGCGGAGGAGGAGCGGGAGCUGGUGGCCCUGGUUCGGAGGUUCUCGACACCCAAAGAGCUGCCACGCACGAUGAUCAUCAGCGCCUUCAUGGACCUGGUGCCGGAGGUGGUGCAAAAGGACCGUACACUCCUCGGCGAUCUGGAGGAGGGGAUCAAGGGGAUCGUGGCGAGGGGCGAGCAGACCGGUCUGCUGGUGCUGAACAUGACCAGGACCUCUUUCCGAUGCGUGCCGCCACCUGCCUCUCAGCCGGGGAAGGCCGCCGACCCCGUUUCGGAUGAGGAGUACAGGAAGGCGCUGACCAUCUUCAAAAUGGCCCUGCAGCGCUGGACCGUGCCCGACUUCCAGACGCCACCCGCCAUCGGAGAGGGCCAGGGCUCCCAGUGCAGCGACUCCGCCUCGGCACCCAUUCUGGCCAGCGUGCCAGCACAGCCCCAGCCCGGCGGUGUGGGAGGACCAGGGGCCUCGGGGGUGGGGCGCAGCGCGGCGCCGGCCGAGGCUCGAGGGGGAGCCAUGGACGAGAGCGUUGACAUGGAGCUUGCCCUGAGGAGCCUGGCGGAGGUGGCGAUGCGCCUGUGGCCCCACUCCCAGACCAUGCUGUUUGGGAGUCAAGCCACGGGACUGACGCUGCCGGGAGGCGACCUGGACGUGGUCAUCCUGGGGGUCGGCUCCGAGCUGCAGACGGCGGGGUCCGGGUUCUCCGGACAUGAGCGUCAGCAGAAAGUGGAGCUGCUGCAGAAACUGCUGGAUGCGCUGCAUGCCACCAAGCUGCUGCAGGGGCGCGCGGAGCUGAUCGACGCCCGCGUGCCCAUCAUCAAGUGCUGCAUGGCCGCGGCCGGCGGCCUCCAUGUCGACAUCUCCCUCGGCACGGCCAACGGCGCGGCGGCCGCGCGCUACAUUCGCGCUCAGGUGCUGGCGAUGCCACCGCUGCGCCCGCUGUGUCUGGUGAUCAAGGCCCUGCUCAGGCAGAAGGGGUUCAACCAGGUAUUCACCGGCGGCAUCUCCUCCUACUCCCUCUGCAACAUGGUGCGCCUGUGGGACCACCGGAGCUGGUGGUUGCUUGCCGUGGAGGACCCGCAAGAGAUGGGCAAGGACAUCUGUGCAGGGAGCUACGAGAUCCAAGCUAUCCGGGAGAUGUUUGCCGAAGUGGCAGACAAGCUGGGAAAGAGCCUGGCAGACCUUGCAGCAAUGCAGCAGGCACGGGGCCGCAAGCCAGCCUCGCCCCUUCCCCUCCUGUCUGGCAUCGUGGACAUGGUGGCCGCCGUGGGUCGCGACGCGUCCGGCCUCAAGUGCGCUGCGGUGUGGCUGUGGGGUACGAGGAAAGAGCGGGAGGGGGUGCCUUGCUGUCGCGAGCUUUUCUGA